AUGAAGAAAAUACUCAGUUCAUUACGUUUGACACUCCUUCGCGAUUUGUUAAGAGACAGAAAGUUACAGGGAUAUAUAGUACCAACAGAAGAUGAACAUUUUAAUGAGUAUGUGGGAACUGCAGAUCGACGUUGUGCAUUCAUUUCUGGAUUCACAGGUUCUUCCUGCUCUAUUGUUAUCACUUUAGAUCAAGCUGCUUUAUGGACGGACGGUCGAUAUCAGUUACAGGCUUCCAAUGAACUAGACGAAAAUUGGUCUUUAUUUAGAUAUGACUCAACUGAGACAACUACAAAAACUAAAUGGAUUGUUUCAUCAACCUUACCUGGUUCUUGUAUUGGAUAUGACGGUAGACAAAUACCUUAUACAAGGAUUGAAAAGUUAAAAAAUGAAUUGGCUAGUGUUGAAGCUGAAUUAGGUAUUCUACAAAGUUGUAACGGGAUUCCAAAUCCCCUUAGUCGACAGUUAGUUGAUAUACCAAAUACAAAUUUAAUUGAUCUAGUUUGGGAGUCUAUGUCUGAAUUACAAAUUGAGAAUGUUUCUCGCCCUAUUCGUUCAUCGAAUCCGUUGUUAUAUGUCCCAAUCUCGUUUUCUGGUUCAGGUUGGCAGGAAAAAAUCGAUCGUGUUAGAAAUAUGAUGAAAGUAAAAGGUGCUAAAUUGUUGGUUUUAUCUGCAUUGGAUGAAAUUGCAUGGUUAUUUAAUUUACGUGGAAAUGAUAUACAAUACAAUCCAGUGUUUUAUGCAUAUGCUAUUGUGAGUUUAAAUAGCAUAGAUUUAUUCUUGAAUCCAAAAACUGUUUGUCGGACACCUGGGCUUAAAGACUACUUGAAAGAUGAACAAUAUACAGUGAACAUUCAUUCAUAUUAUGAAUUUUUCAAUUAUUUGGAAAUGACUGUUCAUAAUUCAUUGGAAAAACAAUUACCACUACAACCGUUACGUGUAUGGCUGGAUUUAUUUGCUAGUUAUGCAAUUGUAUCGAAAAUUCCAGAAAAUCAACGUCUAUUCCAUAUUUCACCUAUCGCUGAAAUGAAAUCACUCAAAUCUUUAUCAGAAUUGAAUGGAAUUCGUGAAAUUCACGUCACUGAUUCAUUAGUAUUAUGUGAUUUUUUGGCUUGGUUAGAAGAUGAGGCUAAUCAAAUCAACAGCAGUUGUUAUAAUCAGUCACAUGACCAUAAACCAAUAAAACCGAAUAUAGAAAAUGGUGCAGGUCUACCGGUUAUAACACCACCAACUGUUUUAACUGAAGCGUCAACUGCUCAAUAUUUAGAUGCAUUAAGGUCACAAGCUAAAAAUUUUUUUAGCUUAAGCUUCAGUACAAUAUCUUGCGCUGAUGCAAAUGGAGCUAUUAUACACUAUCAUCCUGUUGAAGGUCAAGAUGCACCUAUUACUAAUACAAGUAUAUAUCUUGUCGAUUCCGGUGGUCAAUAUCUAACGGGUACAACAGAUGUUACACGUACAAUUCAUUUAAGUGAACCGACAUUAGAACAGAAGAACUGUUAUACAGCUGUUUUAAAAGCUCAUAUUGCACUUGCUAUGCAAAUUUUUCCAUCAAAUACCCCGGGUUCACGACUUGAUAUUAUAUCUCGUCGAGUAAUGUGGCAAUUUCGCGGUAAUUAUGCUCAUGGAACAGGACAUGGUGUUGGUGCGUUUCUUAAUGUACAUGAAGGUCCUGUUGGAUUGUCCGGUAGUCGACUUAAUAUGUAUUCUUGUAUGGGUAUGGUAGAACCAGGCUUACAAGAGAAUAUGGUUGUUACUAUUGAACCUGGUUUCUAUUGGAGUGAUCACUUCGGUAUACGAUUAGAAAAUGUAGUAUUCGUUGUGCCUGCGGAGACAACAGAAUUUCCCAGUAGUAGUAGCAUUCAUACAGCUACAAUUUCCACUGAUCAUCAAUUUUUUCAAUUUCCACCAGAAACGAACGAUAUCAAAUGGCUCAGUUUUGAACCAGUCACUUUAGUUCCAUUUCAACGUAAAUUUAUUAACUGUACUAUGCUAACUAUAGAUGAAUUAAAUUGGUUAGAUAAUUAUCACCGAACAAUUCGUCAAGCUUUAUGCAAACGUAUUUAUCAAGAAGUGAAUAUUCAAUUGUCGACUAAUGACAAGAAAACAAUAUUAUCAAAUAUGUCAAUGUUAUCGUCUAGUCGUAAACGUUGUUUACAAUGGAUAUUAAACCAAACAGAAUCAUUUGUACAGUCUUUUUCAUAG